GUGGAUUUCCAAGCUUUUGGAGCGCUGUAUUUUCUGCCUGUCUAUAUUUGGAUCUGUGUGCGUUUAACGGCAGUAAAUACGGAUUGGCUGAAUCGUUAAUUAUAGAUAUUGCAGACUGGAUCUUUACAUAUGUAUACUAUCUCCAAUUGGAAUAAAUAAUUGAGGAAUGUGGAAAUUACAGAAUGCCCAACAGCGUUGGAAAGAGAUUUAAACCCACCAAAUACAUCCCGGUAUCCACUGCUGCCACUCUUCUUGUGGGAUCCACCACCUUAUUCUUCGUUUUUACGUGCCCCUGGUUGACCAAAGCGAUCUCCCCCGGUGUGCCUCUCUACAAUGGCGUCGUCUUCCUCUUUGUGCUGGCCAACUUCAGCAUGGCUACCUUCAUGGACCCUGGAGUCUUCCCCAGAGCGGAGGAGGACGAGGACAAGGACGAUGAUUUCCGGGCGCCUCUCUACAAGAACGUGGAGAUCAAGGGAAUUCAGGUCCGGAUGAAGUGGUGUGCCACCUGUCACUUCUACAGACCGCCCCGCUGCUCCCACUGCAGCGUGUGUGACAACUGCGUGGAGGACUUUGACCACCACUGCCCCUGGGUGAACAACUGCAUCGGACGCAGGAACUACCGUUACUUCUUCCUGUUCCUGCUGUCGCUAAGCAUCCACAUGGUCGGCGUGUUCUCCUUCGGCCUACUGUUCGUGCUGCACCACAUGGAGCGGCUGGGCACGCUGCACACUACCAUCACUCUGGUGGUGAUGUGUAUAGCAGGGCUCUUCUUCAUUCCAGUCAUGGGCCUGACAGGCUUCCAUAUGGUCCUUGUCGCCAGAGGUCGCACCACUAACGAACAGGUGACGGGCAAGUUCCGCGGAGGAGUAAAUCCCUUCACGCAGGGUUGCUGUGGCAACAUCAAGUAUGUCCUGUGUGCUCCCUUGGUGCCCAGGUACACAGGUGUGGACCCCAGGAAGAAGCCCCCUGUCUCCAUCCAGCCCCCCUUCAUCAGACCAGACAUCUCUGACAGACAGAUCAGCAUCAAGGUCAGCGACAACGGGAUCCACACCAGUAUCCUCCGGUCUAAAUCAAAGAUCAGUCUGGAUGGCCUGGCCUUGGAUGAUAAAGGCCUAGACACCCAGCCCCCGCUGCCCCCCAAAGCAGACCGCUACAACCAGCUGAAGAGCCAGCUGACAUCCAGCAAAGAUAGUUCCCUAACUGGCAAGACCCACCCCUCAACCCCGGCCAUGUACAAGUACCGGCCCUCGUUCGGCACCAUCCCUAAAGUCCACUACAACGCAGCAGGGGAGAAGAUUGUAAUGCCAGAUGACCACCGUAAGGCGUCAGCCAUCUUGGAGGAAGGCCGUUGCCACGUUGACUACCGCUCAGAGCCCAACCUGGACCUGCCUGACUACCACAAUGCCCCUCUCCACCGUACCUUCCAGUCCUCCCCACUGCAGCUGGACUCCUACCUCAUCAACUCCCGCUCCCUCAGCCUGAAGCAGGCCCACCAGCGCAGGGACAAGGGCCAGCUGCCUACCCUGCAGCCCGAGACCGCCACCUCCACCCCCUACAAGAGCGUCUUCUCCCCCAACACACUGUCCAACCGUAACGGCAGCCUCUCCUACGACAGCCUGCUCAACCCCAGCAUUUCCCCAGCCACAGAGGCAGAGUGCAUGGCCCACCCCGGUAUGCCCUCUAUGGGCUUCCACACACCCUACCUGCCAACCAAAAUGUGCCAUGUGCGGGGGCCUGAACUGCAGAGCCAGAGGCAGCAGGUCCCCCCUAGCUUCAGUCCCAUGUUGGGCUCCAGGGGGAUAGGGAUGAGCAUGAGCAGGCAGUCCCCCCUGGACCGGGACCCGUCCCCGGUGCGCUAUGACAACCUCUCCAAAACCAUCAUGGCAUCCAUCCAGGAGCGUAAGGAGAUGGAGGAGAAGGAGAAGCUGCUGCUGCACCACGCAGGACACUCUCAGGCUCAGGCCUAUAAUCAGGCUCAGGACUCAGGCAUGUUUGACAGCCCUGGAGGGUACGGCCUGCCUCCUAGCGCCUGCUACCCAGACGGACCCCGGGGCCCGAGCUCCAAAGGCCCCACACCCCCGGCCUAUGGAGGCUCCAGGGACAACCUGAUGGGGGUGGUGAGCUACGGGCCGCGGACCCCCGUACUGCGCUCCUCUGGUGGCUCCUCUCUGGUACGUGCCCCCAGGACUUCCUCCAGCUCCUUGCACACUGACAGCAGCAUGCAGGGAGGAAGGGCCUCCGAGCCCUCCUACCGCUCCCCAGCCCAUCAGCCCCACCACUCCCCCGCCAUGCCCCAAUCCCCCUCCUACACCCACCAGAAACUCUCCUUUAUCCAUGCCCUGGAGAGGACAGACUCACCCCGCCUGGGUGGCCCAAGAGAGGCCAUGAUGCAAAGUAAAGUGAAUGGGCAAACGGACUGCCAUCUAGGGCCCAACAGCUCCAGUGCCCAGGGCAACCCUCUCAGCCCUAGCCGCCACAGUAAUGUCAAAAAGGUGACCGGGGUGGGUGGCACCACCUAUGAGAUAUCUGUGUAAGAGUGCCCGGGGCCCGGGGCACCAAACCUUAAAGGAGAAGGCAGCAUUGUCAUGGCAACCACCUCCAAUGGCAACAACAUCCACGACCGGGAAAAGAGCAACUUCAACCUAAAGAGGGCUGAUGUUUGUACAGAGUGUUGUGUUGUUGAAUUCUGUGGCUUGUUGUGUUGGUUGUCACUGAAAAGUCUGAAUCAGACAGACAGAUCUUAAAUGUAUUGUUUACGGCGUCUCUCACUUGCGGUCUAUCUGCUGUUAUAAAUUGGGCGGAUCGAGCCCUGAAUGCUGAUUGGCUGAAAGCCGUGGUAUGUCAGACCAUAUACCACGGGUUUGACAAAACAUUUAUUUUUACUGUUCUAAUUACGUUGAUAACCAGUUUAUAAUAGCAAUAAGGCACCUUGGGGGUAUGUGGUAUAUGGCCAAUAUACCACAGCUGAGGGUUGUAUCCUAGCACUCUGCGUUGCGUUAUGCAUACAAACAGCCCUUAGCCGUACCUCCCUUAGCCGUAGUAUAUUGGCCUUAUACCACAACCCACACUGGCCUUAUUGCUUAAAUAUGUGUCAUCAUCACACUCACUACACACUCACUACACACCCACAGACCACAAGAUUUUAACAGCCAGACACACAAACUCAUACAAUUGAUGUCACACAUCUUUGUUCAGUCACAUUCUUUAAAAUAGCAGUGGUAUGGAUAGCCAUCUCCAAACCAAUAAGUUAUGCGUAUAGCAGCACCCCAUUGGAUUCAAGCAUACAGCAUCCCUCUUAGGUAUUCAAAGUGCUUCACAUAUCCUGUCCAAAUGACCAUGUCUGUCUGGUCCAUCAACAACAUGUUGGCCAUUACUGAGUGGAACAGAGGGAAGAUUACAUUAAACCAGUGAGUUUUAGAUCAAUACAAUCUUUAAUAGGCUGACUGAUCUGAGCAAAAGACAACACAACGGUGCUGUGUUGCACUCAGAGACACAGGUCUUGAAUGUCUCCUAAUCUACAUUUAUCCUCUGAGUUUUGAGGAGGUGUUUUAGGGCUUACAGGAGAGGAGCAUAUUAAUCCAAACUCUAGCUGAGAUCCAGUAUUUACCUAUACAGUAUACCAUAAGCUACAGUCUGUACGUUAUCAGCAACAUACAGUGCCUUCGGAAAGUAUUCAGACACCUUGACGUUUUCCACAUUUUGUUACGUUACAGCCUUAUUCUAAAAUUGAUUAAAAUAAAUGUUUUCCCUCAUCAGUCUACACACAAC